UCGAAGUGCAAAGUGAAGCAGGAAACCACAGCUGCUAAAUUUCGUGACGAUCGGGACACAGCCAGUUUAAAGCCUUCAGUGCGGUCCAAGAAAGGGUCAGUGGCUUCUACUAAAAGGAGCGAGAGGAUUGCGCAAGGAAGUGUACCUUCCACUCUUCUCUCAGUGAACGUGGAAGAGCAGCUUAAGCUGGUUGAAGAAGAGAAACGCUUAAGAGAACGCGAAAUAGAAGAGAAGCGAGAGCUGAAACGCCGCGAGAAUGCAGAGUUAGCCCGCCAACUAGAGGAAAAGAGAAAGCUGGCCGAGGAAGAAAGUCUUCUUCGGGAGAGAGAGCUUAAAGCCGAAGCGGAGAUGAACGCUCUCGAAACCAGCGUACGUCGUGAAUCACUCGAGAAAAAGCGCGAGCUGCUGUUGCAACAAUCUCGCGCCAGCAACAUGGGUUCACAGGAGAGCUAUAGUGAGAAGGUAGUGUGCUGGCUUAGAAAGAGUGAAGAAAUGCCUGGAGAAAAGGAAAGGGAGAAAGCUGUCUCUCGCGCCGGCUCGAUGCUAAUGAAUUUACAGCCUUUUGUAACAUCGAGUGCCAGAAAGAGAACGAACGAAAAGACCAUGGUGGAGGAACGGUUGAAAGAACAAUCGGAUCUAUCAGGGAGACAGAUAGCCGCACGUCACGUACUUGGUAAAGAAGUUUCCUACUUUAGUGGUGACCCGGAAGAUUGGCCGCUAUUUUUUAGUACCUUCGAAGAAACAUCGCAAACUUGUGGGUUUAGUAAUGCGGAAAAUUUAAUACGGCUACAAAGAUGCCUCAAAGGAAACGCGCUCGAGCUAGUGAAAGAUCAACUUACGCUGAAAGAGAAUGUGCCCGAUAUACUCGAAACGCUCAAAAUGAUAUAUGGUAAACCGAGCCUACUUAUUCGUUCGCUCCUUAACAAAAUCCGCUGCAUGUCACCGCCGAGACCGGAUAGAAUGAGAACAGUGAUAGAAUUUGGUUUAUCGGUAAAAGCUCUGACUAAUCAUAUGAGAGCAGCUAAACUAAACGCGCAUCUAAAUAACCCAACUCUAUUGGAAGAGCUCGAAGAAAAAUUACCAGGUGAUAUGAAGUUGAAUUGGGCCGCCUAUCAAGAAGAAAAGGCAAUAGAAGGGCUAGAAGGCUUUAGUGAUUAUGUCUCACAACUGGCAAAACGUGCAUGUGCAGUUACGAAUGACCUACACGAAAUAGCUAGAAUAGGAGAAAGAAGAAAAAAACAUACGGUCGCCUUAAACACACACGUAAGAAUGAAUGUAGAAGAGGAAACACCGAACGAAAGGUCAACGUCCUCAUAUCGUCCUCCUAGUGCAACACAAAGGAGACAAUGUGCAGUAUGCCAACGUGAAGGUCAUCGUGUUUACGAAUGCGAGCAGUUCAAAGCCGCCGAUGUGGACGAACGUUGGAAAUUUGUAAAUACCAAGGCACUAUGCAGGACGUGUCUAAAUAACCAUGGUAAAUGGCCUUGUAAAUCCUGGCAAGGUUGCGGGGUGGAUGGAUGUCGCCUGAAACACCACCAGUUGCUCCAUCCAACAGUAGCAACCGAUGAAGCCGUAAGCGCAUGCGCAUCACACACAAACGAGAUGAGGGCUCGUCAUACUCAUUAAUCGAUGAAACGAUAGCCCAAAAGUUGAACGUGCAUGGCAAAAAAACACCAUUGACCCUACAGUGGACAGGACAAGUGACAAGGAAAGAGCCCGGCUCAGAAAUAAUACGCCUGCAAAUAUCCGGGAGAGAUAAAAACAUUAAGUACGGACUGGAAAACGUGAGAACAGUCAGCCAACUUAUGCUUCCAACACAAACGCUAAAAUACGACGUACUACAACAACGAUACUCGCACUUGAAAGGGCUACCACUGCAGAACUACACACGCGCACAACCUCAACUGUUGAUCGGAUUGGACAAUAUCCGGCUUGGUGUGCCAUUGAAAAUUCGCGAAGGACGGCCACCUGAGCCAAUCGCUGCUCUAUGUCGACUAGGCUGGUCGAUCUACGGAGGAAGUGCAAAAAACAAGGCACCAGCAGCGAUAGUAAACUUUCAUGUUGCACCCCAGUCAGAUUGUAACAAAGAAGUCAACGACAUGUUGCGAGACUACUUCACGAUAGAGGAUUACUGCACGAAAGUUACAAAUGAGAAACUGGACACAGAAGAAGAAAGACGAGCGAAUCGCAUAUUAAAAGAAACAACAAAACGCGUCGAGCAAGGUAAUCGCUUCGAAACAGGGCUGCUUUGGAAUUCUGACUCUCCAAAUUUCCCUGAUAGCUACCCUAUGGCAGUUAAACGAAUGCAAGCACUAGAAAGAAAGUUCGCACAAAUGCCGGCACUUGAAGAAAAGGUACGGCAAACUAUAUCGGAAUAUGAAGCAAAGGGAUACGCCCACAAAGCUAGCCUAGAAGAACUUUCAUCUCAGGCAGUUGAAAAAAUAUGGUAUCUGCCAUUGGGGGUGGUACAAAAUCCAAAGAAGCCAGGCAAGAUAAGGUUGAUCUGGGAUGCAGCAGCAAAAGUUGAAGGAGUAUCAUUCAAUCUAAGAAUGCUGAAAGGGCCGGAUCUUCUGGCCCCGCUGCCACAGAUCUUAUGUCAGUUUCGACAAUUUCCAGUAGCAGUGUCGGGGGAUAUAAUGGAGAUGUUCCAUCAAAUCCGAAUUCGUCACCCUGAUCGCCAAUCACAGCGCUUCGUAUAUCGCAAGAGCCCUUCAAAUCCGAUACAAAUAUAUGUAAUGGACGUGGCGACGUUCGGUUCUACGUGCUCUCCCGCCGCAGCCCAGUACGUGAAAAAUCUAAAUGCACAAGAAUACUCAACAGAAUUUCCACGGGCUGCUAACGCAAUCAUAAAAAACCACUACGUAGACGACUAUUUGCAGAGCUUCAAGACAGUAGACGAAGCAAUACAAAUCGUGAAAGAAGUUAGUCUCGUACACUCUAAGGGCGGUUUCACACUUCGUCGAUUCAUGUCCAACUCGACAGAAGUACUAAAAAGCGUCGGAGACUCAGCGGAAGAAACGUCAAAGGAUCUUAUGCUAGAACGAGGAGAAAACACGGGGUCAGUCUUAGGAAUGAAAUGGAAGACAGGCGAAGAUGUCUUCACAUUCUCCUUCUCCUCCAACGAAAGUGUCCAGCAUAUUCUCCGCGAAGACCAUAUUCCCUCAAAAAGAGAAGUGUUGAAAGUCGUAAUGAGCCUAUUUGAUCCUAUGGGACUUAUAUCCUUCUUCCUGGUCCAUGGGAAAACCCUCAUUCAGGAAGUAUGGAUAAGAGGCAUCGAUUGGGAUGAUCAAAUACCGGUCGAUAUAUAUAAACGAUGGCGAGAGUGGACAAAUCUACUUCCACAACUAGAUAAACUACGCAUACCAAGAUGCUAUUUUCAAUCCCCUUACCCUAGAAAUAUCGAUGACAUACAGCUGCAUGUCUUCGUAGAUGCAAGCGAAACCGCGUACUGCGCUGUGGCGUAUUUUCGAAUAGAGACAGAAGGAUCGAUCCAACUUGGACUAAUAGGUGGUAAAACUAAAGUGGCCCCCCUUAAGACGAUAUCCAUUCCAAGACUAGAACUAAAAGCAGCCGUUCUAGGAUGUCGAAUGCUGUCCAGUAUUAAAGAGCAGCACUCCUUUCCCAUAAAACGACAUUUCCUAUGGAGUGAUGCAAAUGUUUGCUUGGCAUGGAUAAAGUCAGCUAACCCUCGACGUUAUCAACAGUUCGUCUCCGUGCGAGUGGGGGAAAUACUGACCACUACAGAUCCACAAGACUGGAGGUGGGUGCCGUCAAAACAAAACGUAGCAGACUUGGCCACCAAGUGGAACACCGGCCCCGAACUAGUGAUGGAAAAUCCUUGGCUUACCGGUCCUCGAUUCCUGCACGAAAAAGAGGACCGAUGGCCUCUGAAACAAUCCAUGCCUGACACCAACGAGGAGGUGAGAGUAACGCACUUAUACAUCCACUCGGGAGUACCACCAAUCGACUUGUCCCGAUUCAGCCUCUGGAGAAAACUCCUUCGUUCUGCAGCAUUCAUCAUUCGGUACAAAAACAAUCUACGGAGCAAGGUUAAUGGGAAACCAUUGCAACUCGGGGUUCUUAAACACCAAGAACUACGGACUGCGGAACUGGCAUUAUGGAAAAUUGCGCAACACGAAGCAUUCCCCGAUGAAGUUGCAGAGCCGACUAAAACAAUGGGAGACCCUGAAGGACGACAUACAACCGUUUCCAAAUCCAGUCCCAUCUACAAGAAGUGGCCUUUCAUGGACGGCGAUGAAAUAAUAAGGAUGAGAGGACGAAUCGGUGCAUCCAUAUACUCCAGCUACGAUGCUAAAUACCCAGUUAUACUUCCAAAGACUAAUCAUGUAACAUUUCUUAUUGUAGGUUGGUA